AGAACUCCUCCUGAGUUACUUCCGGUUAGACUACAUGUAGCGUAACUGCUAUCCGAGCUUUCGGGUUGCUUCAGAGUAGGACUACAGCUGCAAACUACGACUUUACCGGCUUCAUUUUAUUUAUCUACAGUUUCUGUUCACUCUUGAUUAUAGACGGCUUAUUCACUUUGAUGAUAAUGGAGCCACAGGGGCGCGUACUGCUGUGUUUAGCCUCUUAUGUAGGCUAAGCUAUGUUGUCAAGCUAAUAUUGAACACUACUAGCAAGUACUUGUUGUUUACAUCGUAAUUUCUCAAGAUGUAUACUUUAUUGUCUGGAUUAUAUAAGUACAUGUUCCAAAAGGACGAAUACUGUGUUUUGAUCCUGGGACUGGACAACGCUGGGAAAACGACCUUUCUGGAACAAACCAAAACAAAGUUCAGUAAGAACUAUAAGGGAAUGAAUUUAUCAAAGAUCACAACCACGGUUGGACUGAACAUUGGUACAAUCAGUGUGGGCAAGGCUCGUCUAAUGUUCUGGGAUCUGGGAGGUCAAGAGGAGCUCCAGUCUCUGUGGGACAAAUACUAUGCUGAGUCCCAUGGAGUCAUCUAUGUGAUUGAUUCAACUGAUGAAGAGCGCCUGUCAGAAUCAAAGGAGGCCUUCGAGAAAAUGAUCAGCAGUGAGGCGUUAGAUGGUGUCCCACUCCUUGUGCUGGCCAACAAGCAGGAUGUUCCGGACUGUUUGUCAGUGCCCGACAUUAAAACAGCCUUCAGUGACUCUGCCCCAAAAAUCGGCAAGAGAGAUUGCUUAGUCCAGCCUUGUACUGCUCUGACAGGGGAUGGAGUGAACGAAGGCAUCGAGUGGAUGGUGAAAUGUGUGGUCAGAAACAUUCACAGGCCACCCAGACAGAAGGACAUCACAUAAACAUCCAUCUUAAUUUAGACUGUGAGUUUCUCUGGACAUUCCAUAUAAACCCUGGAGCUGAUACCUCUCCUCUCCUCGUGUCUGCUGUGACUUUGAACAGUUUGGAUUUCGACUUUUAUGAGUUCAUUAAAGACAGUGUGACAGUAUAUCACUAAGCAUAACUUCAGACGUGCUUUGAAUGAUGUCUUUCUGACUGAUUUGGUAAACUAUUUGGGAUUGGUACUGUGAUUUGUUCUGCCUUAUGUGUGAGCAGUCGUCUCAGUGGGGGGACUGUCUAAUCCUGCAUGGAGCUUUACUGACUGACACCCUGCACUGUGUUCACAAGAGCACAGAAGCUUCAUUUGGACACAUCAGUUCUUAUAUCAAAUUGUAUUAUUUUGGGGUUUGUUCACAGUAUAAGAUUAACUAAAGAAUAUUUGGCUCACACAUUUGAAUUCUCUUCAGCUUUUGUGUGUUAUAGGAAUAUCAACCAACAAUGAUGCUUCAGCCAUGCUGCACAUUUUUUAUAAAGUAAAAACCUUUCUGGAGGAUAUUUUUGGAAACAGCAUCUGCGUUUCAGGCCUCUGAUUGGACGGAUUCCUUGACAGCUGUUGAAUGACAGCAGAUAGUGAGCUACUGUCAACUUUCAUAGUCCUUACAGAUAUUGUUACAUGUUGUUUUUUUCUUUUUUCAACAAGUCCACAUAGAGUAUGAACUAUUGGUGAUUGUUUGUCUGCCCUUUACAACAUUUAAUAUUUGAACGGACCUAUGGUAUUCAUUUGGGGUGCAACAGUUCACAAAAUUCACAGUUCACUUCAUAUCGGGUUUUGCAGUUUGGUUUGGUUCAGUAUUUUUUUGGUACCGAGAGCUGCAUUUACAGUUUCAAUAUACUUUUCCUUCAUGUAAUUAUUUGGCCAGAAAAGUUGUUUAACUUCAAAAAAUUCUAAAUAAGAACAUACAGAACUAAAUUACUUUUCAUUGUCAAAUCUUUGUUUUUUUUAAUGUGUAAUUUGUGCAAAAUACAGCUUUAUUAUUGUUGUACAAAAAUGCCACAUAUUGAUAUUCCCUGUCAUGUCUGUUCAUAAAGUUCCUGAAUCAC